AUGGCGUGGAUCGGCAUUGGUGUUGCUCUUAGCUCCCUAUUCGCGACAGUAAUUGCAGAGCCACGAGAGGUGACGAUCGGGUCCGCCAUAAAGCUCGUACACGACCGUCUGAAGCACCGUUUGCACUCGCACGAUGUCAGCUAUGGCUCAGGCAGCGGUCAGCAGUCUGUGACCGGCUUCCAAGGUGGAGACGACGGCAACAGCUACUGGAUCGUGCGCUGCAUUAACAAGGUUGUGUGCGAGCCCGGUCAGACCCUGGGAGAUGGUGCGGUGUUCCGUCUGCAGCACAUGAGGACGAGAAGAUGGCUUCACUCCCACCUGCAUGCUUCCCCUCUCUCAAACAACUUCGAGGUCAGUGCGUAUGGAGAUGACAACCAGUCGGACACCGGAGAUCACUGGAGGCUGGAGAUUGAGGGACGUGGCUCUGUGUGGAUGCGGGACCAGAAGGUUCGCUUGCUGCAUGUGGACACAGGGGGUUUUCUGCACUCGCACAACAAGCAAUACAGUCGGCCCAUUGCUGGACAGUAUGAGAUUUGUGGUAUCCAGCGCAAGUCACCUGAAAACAUUUGGAAGGCCACAGAAGGAGUGUACUUUCCUGCAACUUCCGAAGACCUUCCAGACCCCCUCAGCGCCGCUGACGUGGACGCCGACAGACAUUGCGGCCCACGCUGGCGGGACGAUGACGCGGAUACUGCUGCAGCCUUCGAAAACAGAAGCGAGGAUGACGUGGCAGUUGCGGAUUUGCCGCCGCGACGAGACACGGCGUCCGCGGAACCCGCACUGCCGCGUUGCGACAUCAUGCGGCUGCCGCCUGCGCUGCUCGCCCGCGUUAUGCGGCGAGUCGACUUCCGCGAUCGCAUCGCGGCAAGCAUGACCUGCUCAACGUGGCGCCUCCUCGCAUCUGCUGUUCCCCCUGAAGAUUCGUUCUUAGAACAAGAACCGGAGAUGAACUACGUCCCUGGAGGAACUUCCGGCGGUCCUUCCGGCGGUUUGAGCCGCAGAAACAGCAUAGCAGCAGGGGGGCGCUUGUUUAGAACCAGUAGCGUUGCCUCCGCCGCCGCCGCCGGAUCUGGCGGCGGGUUAGCUCGAACAAGCAGCGUCGCCGCAGUAGCAGCGCGAGGCAUUCCAGCCUUCGUUAGAAGCACGAGCUUCUCUAGUAGAUCUGAUUCGGCUAGUCUCAGCGAUUCGUCAGGCAUUAUGAGCGGAAGCGCCGCCGCCGGCACGAACGCCGUUCGGUCUCUGCCCGAAUCUUGGACGGAUCUGCCUCCGGACGAACAAGAAAUGGCGGCGUCCGCAGCCGCCGCCACAGAUGACGGCGAUAUCUCAUGGUGGCGAUCCGUAGACGGGCAAUCGUGGACGAAUCAGCGAGUAGUUGUCGUCACGCUACCGGCCGGGGCAGCUUCCGCGAAGGCGAGCCCUGCGGCGCCGCUUCCGCCUGCUUUCGCUGCGGGGUUGGCGCCGCGGCUAGCGGCGAGCGAAGCGCGACUAAGCGGUCUUCACGCGAGCAGGAGCCUUGACGAUUUGGAUCCCCGCGCCGCCGCCGUAAAAUCAGCCGUUGCUUCCGCGUUUGCGCCUUCCGCCCAUUCCGCGCACGCUUCCGCAUCCUCCGCCUUCCCCCAUUCCCGCUCGCCUUCCGCCUCCCCCGUUGCCUUCCGCCGCCAGUCUGGCGACGUUUUCCUGCGCAAGGCGGCGGAGCUCGCGGGUCCCGCGGCUCGCCACGUGGUCGCCUCCGCGUGCUCGUUCGUGGGCGUCGCGAGCAUCGCCGUAUCUUGCGGAGCCGCGCUUCGAUCCCUGCAUCUAUCCCGUUUUAUCGGCGACGUUAACGCCGCGCUCCUUGCGAUCGCCGGCAAGUGCCGCCGUCUGCAGGAGCUCCACGUGGCGGUCUGCCCGCAACUCACGGCGAUCCACGCGCAGGCGCAGCAGGGGGAAGGGGAGGCCAGCGAGGGGGGCGCAGCAGGCGACCGCAGCAGCAGCGGAUCAGCUUAUAUCGGGGGCAGCGGAUCUGGGCCUAGAAGGACCCCCCGCGCAGGGAUGGGGGGGAUCGGGGGGACCAGGGGAACUGGUGCGGGGGGAAGCGGCGGGCAUGGCGGAAGCGGGGAAAGCGGCGGAAGUGGUGGAAGCGGCGGACCUGGUGGCGGAAGCGGGGGAGGCCCGGGGGGCGGAGCUGCUGCAGUGCGGAGCGGAUCGCUUUCCGCGCUGGUGAACGGGUGCAGGCAGCUGACGUGUCUGUCUCUGACUGGCUGCAGGGUGGGGCACGCGCAGGCGGAGGUGCUUAUAAGGGGGAUGAAGCAGCGGCUGUUGCGGCUAGAGGUGGCGAUGGGCGGAGGAUGGCGGGACGGGGGGAGCACUGUAGCCAUGUCCGCGCUCUUUUCCUCUGUUGCUGCCUGUUGUCCCAACAUCGAGAGGCUGCUAGUGCGCACCACGCUCAAGGUGUCCGACGGUGCUCUCGCCUCUCUGCUCGCAUCUUGCCCGCGACUGACGCACCUCCACUUCGCCGGGGAGCGACUCACGCCCAAAGGCUACUCCACCUGGUCGCGCCUGCUCUCCCUCUCCAUCCCCUCUGCUUACUUCUCUGACGGAGCAAUCGACGCUCUCCGUGCUCUUGCACCCGCCUCCUCCCCACCCUCCUCUCCUUCCCCUCCACCCUCCUCUCCUUCCCCUCCACCGUCUCCUCCUUCCCCUCCUCCCUCUUUUCCCCCCCCGCCCCCUUCUCCCUCCCAACACCCCCCUCCUCCUCUCCUCCCCCGUCCUCUCUGGUCGCUCCACUCUCUCACAAUGGACAACUGCCGCCGCCCCGAGGUCAUACCCGUUAUAGCGCGCCUCGCGCCCGGGUUAAAGCACGUGCGGAUGAAGCAUGUGGCUGGACUGACGGACGAUCUGCUGACUGAUGUGGGCCAAUCCUGCCCGGGAUUGGCUUCUCUAGACCGGCAUCUCAUCCCUCCUGCUGUUGCUGCUGCUGUUGCUGCUGCUGCUGCUGCUGCUGCUGCUGCUGCCGCAGCCGCCGCCGCCACUGCUGCUGCUGCUUCUAUUAUAUCCAUUCUCUCUCCUGUGAUCUUCCCAGAGUACCGCUAUCCACUCCUCUCCUCCCGCUCCUCUCCUCCCUCUCCUCACUCUCCCACCUCUCUCCACCCCACAAACCCCAUCAGCCCACACCAUCUCUCCCCCAACCCACCACCACCACACUCCACUCCUUCCCUCUCUACACCUCCCUCCCCUCGUUCCUCCUCCUCGCCUCCCUAG